UUCCGGUAGGGGUGCAGCUCUCGCCGGCGGUGCCGCAUUUGGCGCAACACUGUUCCAGAAGAGUCUGCUGUGUCCGCUCAGCUCAGCCGAACCACCGCAGCAGCAGCCGGGAGAGAGAGCGCGGAGUACCCGCUGAACUCAGCAUGGAGCUCGGCCAGCAGAUUGCAGGACUGGAGGCGGAUCUGCAGGAGGUAACUCGUGUUCUGGAGCUGUGCGAGAGCAGCAGAGUGCGAGAGGUUCUCUCUCAGGAGAAGCAGAAGAUCGAGAAAGAGCUGAAGCAGAAACAGAGCAGGAGGGAGGCUGGAGAGAGGCCAGACACUGCAGUGAAGGGAUACACAGUCAAAAUCAAUAACUACGGUUGGGACCAGUCUGACAAAUUUGUGAAAAUCUACAUCACACUAAAAGGUGUACAUAAAGUCCCGGAAAAUGUUGAAGUCAAAUUUACAGAAAGGUCUUUCAGUGUACUCGUUAAAGAUUUGGAUGGGAAGAACCACGAGAUGACCAUCAAUAACCUCCUGUGCCCCGUUUCAGUGGAGGAGAGCAGUAAGAAGGUGAAAACAGACAUGGUGAUCGUCAUGUGCAAGAAGAAGGGGGUGAAGAAGUGGGAGUGUUUAACACAGGUGGAGAAACUAACUAAAGACAAAGAUAAAUCCAGCUAUGAUGAGAAUGCAGAUCCUGGAGAAGGACUGAUGAACAUGCUGAAGAAAAUUUACUCAGAGGGAGAUGACGAGAUGAAGCGCACCAUCAACAAAGCCUGGAGCGAGUCUCAGGAGAAGAAAUCCAGAGGAGACGACUUCGACUUCUGAUCUCACCAGCAUAGUGAUCCCACUACCAUUCCUCACCUAUACGCCAUUCCACCACUAUACAGUACCACUGUAUCACUCUUUAUUAUAUUUUACAUUUUUUAUACUCUUUAAUUAUCUGCUCAUUUUGCUGAAAGUCUCCUACAGGAACAGGAGCGUAUGAUUGAAAUGUGUUGUUAGUUGUGUGAACUUGAUGAUCUUUAUGAACAUGUGUGUUUUCAGAAUCAUAUUCAUUGGAAAUUAAAAAAAUUAAAAUGCAGUUUAUGAAAAAUUCCUGAAUGUUUCACAUCAGACACGCUUCAGUGAUCUAACUGUUCUCUGUUCUGUGCUGUUAUAAAAGAGUAAAAUGCUUAAACACGGUAUAAAAAUGAUGUCCUUUUGUGAAAUAUGCACAUCUAAAUAUGCAACAUCAGAAUCCUAAACUAGAUCAUAAUUUUUAGGUUUCUUCCAAGUGAACACAAACCGCUCUAAUUUUUAUUUUUUAUUUUUCUUUAAAUCUGUUACUUGAAUUUGGGUCUGUAAUCAUAAAUAAAAAGUGUCAGUUCCUGGA